CAUCGUCCUGCCGGUCGAAAAAAAUGGAGGAAAAGAUUAUUGUCGCUGUCUGUGGGCACCCCGAACUUUACGAUACAACUCUUUAUGCUUACCGAAACCGGAGCUAUAAAGAUAAAGCGUGGAACAAGGUCGGAGAAGCCGUGGGACUACCUGGUACGUUUUGAAUAGGAGAUCUGCCGCUGUAGGUGGAAAAGUCUCAGAGACACGUAUCAAAGAGAGAAGAGAGAGAGAGCAGCGAGAAGCGCAGUGGGAGUGCAGCUCAGUCCACUAAAAAGUGGAAGUACGCUGCGGUCCUGUCGUUCCUCGACUCAUUUAUGACUCCGCCCCCGACGCGUCCGACGCGUCUGGUGUGAACACCCUUUUUUCGACGCGCGUCAAGACUGCUGCGUCAGACGCGUAGAGAAUUUUUUCGACGCGUCCGGUGUGAACGCACCAUUACUUCUGAGCUCUAGCUUCCUGAAAGGUGUAACCUGAAAAACAGGCAUGAUGGUGAGGUGCUGUGGACUGCUCAAUGCCAAUAAGGAACCAGUUCCUCUGAAGAGCGUGGAGGUGGAGCUGGAGGUGAGGGACCAUGUGGCUACAGUGGUCUCCACUCUGAACUAUGAGAACAAGGAGGACAAACCACUAGAGGCGGUGUUUGUCUUCCCUCUGCCCGGAGAUGCUGCUGUCUGUCAUUUCAGUGCUACGAUUGGACAGACGCAGAUUGUAGCCGAGGUGAAGGAGAAGCAGGAGGCCCGUGAGGAGUAUGACGAUGCUCUGAGCUCCGGUCAGCAGGCCUUCCUGUUGGAGGAGAGUGAGCAGAGUCCGGAUAUAUUCUCCCUGAGUGUGGGCAGUCUGCCUCCAGGAGAGAGCGCCUCCAUCAGGCUGGAGUACGUCACUGAGCUGGCUGUGCAGGCUGAUGAAGGGCUGAGGUUUUGUCUGCCUGCUGUGCUCAACCCUCGCUACCAACCUCAGGGGAGUGGAGAUAGUGAAGGUGGCAACGUUCAGGUGACCCCUGUUCAGGUGACCUCUGUUCCAGCCUCUCUGGUGCCCUACAGUCUGUCUUUCUCCGCCCGAGUGUCCUCUCCUCGUCCCGUCGUUAAAGUAGAGUCCAACUGUCCCCUGGACCCUCUUCAGUACCUCAACACAGAGCAAACCCAGACCACGGUCAAGAUGGCUGCAGGACACAAGUUUGACAGAGAUGUUGAACUGCUGAUUUAUUACAAAGAUGCCCACCAGCCCACUGCUGUGGUGGAGGCGGGGCGGGCCUCUUCCGAGCCUGGCUCUCUGAUGGGGGAUCCAGUGGCGAUGCUGAGCCUGUACCCUGAGUUCCCGAAGGCUGUGAUGUCUUCAGUCGCUUCAUGUGGAGAGUUUGUCUUCUUAUUGGAUCGAUCUAGCAGUAUGCAGGGGGCGCGUAUGAAGAGUGCCACGGAUACUUUGCUGCUCCUGUUGAAGAGCUUACCGAUGGGCUGCCACUUCAACAUCCACAGCUUUGGGUCCAGUUAUGAACACAUCUUCCCUGAGAGUGUAGAGUACAACCAGAAGACCAUGGAAGAGGCUCUGAAAAAUGUUGAGGAGAUGAAAGCUAACCUGGGAGGAACCAAGAUUCUGGAGCCACUGAAACAUAUUUACAGCCAGCCCUGCAUUCCCAGUCAACCUCGACAACUAUUUGUCUUUACUGACGGAGAGGUGGGGAACACCAAAGAAGUCAUAAAUCUGGUGAAGCAGAAUUCAGGUUCCCACAGGUGUUUCUCUUUUGGGAUUGGGGAAGGGGCCAGUUCUGCUCUUAUCAACGGGUUGGCCAAGAAAGGAGGAGGUCACGCUCAGUUCAUCACAGGGACGGACCGGAUGCAACCCAAAGUGAUGCAGUCGCUGCGAUUUGCUCUGCAGCCAGCUGUGCAGGACAUCUCAGUCAAGUGGGAUUUGCCAAAGGGAGUUUCUGUCAUUGCUCUCUCUCCACCAAUCACAGCCCUCUUCCAGGGUCAAAGGUCACUGGUUUAUGCCCAGCUCACUGGACAGAGUUCAGAGGCAUCAGAGGGCUGUGUGACGGUGAAGUACAGCCUGGCAGGUCAUCCCUCUCAGAACCAGCUUCACUUCAGUCUCAAACCUGCAGAGGACACUGGAUUAACGGUCCACAGGUUGGCUGCUCGCACUCUGAUUCGCUCCCUGGAGAUGGAGGAGAGAGAGCGCAGAGGACAGGAAGAUGGAGGAGGGAAGAAGAAGGUGGUGGAGCUCAGCGUCCAAUCAGGAGUGAGCAGUGCCUUCACUGCCUUCAUCGCUGUCAACAAAGGCAACAGUGAAGUUAUUCAAGGGCCUCUGGUGCGCAGAAAUGUUCCAACACCCAUGUUGAUGUCCUGUGGUAUGAUGAGGAGCCAUUGUGUUCCGAUGUCAUGUGAUGCCCCUGUGAUGAUGUCUCUCUCAACAGCUCGUAAGGAGAAAUCUAAGGAAGGCAAAGCCCGAAAGUUUUUCUCUAAUAGAAGGAAUAUGUCAGUUACCUCGAUGAAGCAACAGGAGAAGUCUCUGCAGCAUGAAGGUGCUGAUGAGGAUGAUGGUGCUGAUGCGAAGCUACAGGAGAUGACUCUGCAGCAUGAAGAUUUGGAUGAUGAUGAUGAGAUUCGCAUUAGACCUACUCCAUGCAGCUUGAUAACGAUGUACGAUGGAUCUGUUGACUGCAGCUUGGAAGAGAUUCCCAUUAGACCUACUUCACGCAGCUUGAUAAAAAAGUCUUUGCCCACUCAGCCACCCAGAGACCCGUUGCUGCAGCUGGUCUCCCUCCAGAAGGCGUCUGGCUGCUGGGUGCUGGAUCCAGAUCUGGCUGCUGCACUGGGAAAGACCGGCGAGGAGCUGGAAAAGCCCAAGCCUGCAUCGGUGAACCAGGAAGUGUGGGCCACCAUUCUGGCUCUGGUCUGGCUUCAUGGUUUCAAGAUGGAUGCUCAGGAAGAGUGGGAGCUUCUGGCUAUGAAGGCUGUGUCAUGGCUGCGAGCUCAGAAAGCCUCCUGUGUGACGGAGUGUGUGGAUGCAGGAAACGCUCUGUUGGGUUGCACCGUGCAGAAAGACGCCCUGGGGCUCUGAGGGAUUCAUUAAAGUACACUUCUCCUUCAGGAGUGGUACACAGAUGCAGA